CUUGGGACCCGAGGCCAGUCAGGACAAAAGCGGCCACAGGAGGCAACGGAAUGCAACAGCCCCGUACCGUCCGCGUGUACUGUGUAAGGUCAUCCAUGGAAGGUAACAAAGCGCACUCACUGGCACUCCAACGCCGAGGCCCCCCCCCCUGCCAGACGCCCUCGAGACGCUGGCAGCUGUUCCCGUCUCAGCCGACCGACGCCAACGUGAUGUGAUUGAUGGUGGGGGAGGCGGGGGGCCCAGGCCUGGUGAGAGCUGGUAAUUACCGUAUUGUAGCAAAACCCCAACCAUCCAUUCUUACCCGAUCGCUCACUCCGCUUCCCCGUCAUCUCAGCCAUCAAUUAUCAUGCCCAAGCGACAUGAGCUGGGUCUCCCUGCGUUGCGGGACCACAAUCAAACGAAAAUGGCGGGCAGAUGUUGGGGCCCCUCAGAUUAAGUGCCGUUGCCCGACGUCUUUGGGCGUUUGCACCUCACCGUCUUCUGACCAGUCCUGCUCCGCUGCAUCAGGUUGCUUGGGCUUCGCUUCACAGCGACUUACAUGGUUGCAGUUCGGAACGUGCCACUUGCCAACCUGCAAAUCUUGGUCAAGGCUGCAUCCUGUCGGAUUGGAUGCUCGCCGUGCGUUGGUCGGGAAGGGGGGACUCCAGCGGCGCCGGGAUGCAGCGGGUAGGCAUUUUUGCGCCUUUGUGUCUGAGAGCAACCCGGACGAGAAUGGUAAUGGGUGCUGCUGCUGUGAGGUGGCGCCCCAGGCACGGCGGUUCCGUGGCUGCGACGUCUGGAAUGGACGGCCAAGCGCCGUAUAUAGGCUAGGAGUAGUUAAGGAAUGCCUGCUUCCGACGCCCACGGGUUCCCCCCCCGUGUCUGCGGCGCAUCAACCCAAAACCCGGCCGUCAUCAUGCUGUGUUUUGUUGGAGCCGGUAUUCCGUAACCUGUUAUGCGCCAGUUGUCGGCCUGGCUCCCUGGAACAGCGUGGGACACAAGCGACGAAUGUGGGCUGCUGACACUGAAAAGACAAGGGGCUUGACAAGUUGAGGAAUCGAGCAAUAAAUUGGAAUGGCGCCACAACCCGGCAGGCGUCGGACUUUUGAGCCGUUUUGUGUGCAUCUUCCGGGUGUUCCGCUGAUUCUUCGCCCGAGGUUGUCGAUGUUUGAACGAGGGCGAGUGAAAUAAAAAGUAAGACAAUUAGUACAGUAAGUAUGUACGAUGGAAGUACGCCU